UGUUGCCGAACUGGUCGGUGCCCACCAGCUCCUUGGCGGGGCCCAAGAGCCGGAGCCGCAAGGCGCGGAGCGCCCGCCAGGCGAGGCUCAUCUCAGGAUACCUCCGGCCGAGGCUGCGGCGUCGGACACACGCUCAGGGACACACAGCCCUCAUCUAUCCCGUCCCUGUCGAGCGCUCCCAGCCCCAGCCCUACCCCGCUCCGGCCUAUGGGCGGCGGGCGCUCCAGCAACGCCGCUCGCCAUUGGUGCAGGCCGGCCCAAGACGGCUGCGCGGCGGGGCGUGGGGCGGUGCUCCCGCCAUGUUGGGGCUGCUGUCCGCUCGCCAGCUUGGGUUGGACGAUCCCGCGCGGCUGCGCCGGGCCGAGCGCACCCGCAGGGUUCUAAGUCUGGAAUUAAAUAAAGAUAGAGAUGUGGAAAGAAUACAUGAGAGUGGUAUCAACACACUUGAUAUUGAGCCUGUUGAGGGAAGAUACAUGUUAUCUGGUGAAUCAGAUGGUGUUAUUGUACUUUAUGACCUUGAAAACUUGACCAGAAAACCAAGUUACACCUGUAAAGCACUUUUCUCUGUGGGAAGGAGCCAUCCUGAUGUACAUAAAUUCAGUGUGGAGACAGUCCAGUGGUAUCCUCGUGACACUGGCAUGUUUACAUCCAGCUCAUUUGAUAAAACCUUAAAAAUAUGGGAUACAAACACUUUACAACCUGCAGAUAUAUUUCACUUUGAGGGAACAGUCUAUAGCCAUCACAUGUCUCCAGUUGCUACACAGCAUUGUUUAAUAGCAGUUGGUACCAAAAGCCCCAAAGUACAGCUCUGUGACUUGAAGUCUGGAUCCAGUUCUCACAUACUGCAGGGUCACAGGCAAGAAGUAUUGGCAGUGUCUUGGUCCCCACGUCACGAAUAUGUUUUGGCAACAGGAAGUGCUGAUGGUAGAGUAAAACUAUGGGAUGUGAGGAGAGCUUCUGGGUGUCUGAGUACACUUGAUCAGCACAAUGGGGAAAAGUCCAAGGCGUCUUCUGAGGCAGCAAAUACUGCUCACAAUGGGAGAGUUAAUGGUAUAUGCUAUACCAGUGAUGGACUUCAUCUGCUAACCAUUGGUACAGAUGAUCGGAUGAGACUCUGGAACAGCUCCACUGGAGAAAACACAUUAGUGAACUAUGGGAAAGUCUGUAAUGAAAGUUGGAAAGGACUCAAAUUUACCAUCUCUUGUGGCUGUAAUCCAGAGUUUGCCUUUAUACCAUAUGGAAGUACCAUUGCUGUUUAUACAAUUUUCACAGGCGAAUUGAUAACUGUGCUUAGAGGGCAUUAUAGUACUGUCAACUGCUGUGUAUUUCAACCUCAUUUUCAGGAACUUUAUAGUGGUAGCAAAGACUGCAAUAUCCUUGCAUGGAUACCAGCUCCACGAGAGCCAGUUCUUGAUGAUAUUUCUGAAAAGUCUCUGCCUCAACAACAUUUAAAUCCAGCAUAUGAAGAUGCAUGGAGCAGCAGUGAUGAUGAAGGCUGAAUUUAAAUUAUGUGCUGAUACAAAAUCGACUGCAUUCACAGACUUUAUCUACAGAAUUGGAUAUUGUUGGAUUUAUCACGACUGGAUUUUUGGUACAGUUCUGUUAGAGCAAUGUCUUCCAGAAAUAAGUUUCCACUGUUCUCUGUGGUUUUUUGUCACUGUUAGAGUUAAAUCUAAAGGAUUACUUUUUCAUGCUGACUUUUGUACUUACCUUUACACAUUGGUAUACUUUAUUCAGUGUUUAACAGCUGAUAAAGAAAAAAUAAAAGCCCUUCAGACCAGUCAAUAUUA